AUGAAGCUGAAUGCAGACCUGAUCCUCAUGUCACCGCAGUUCACAAACCCGCUCAAGCAGCGGGAACUGGACUUGCGAGGCAACAAGAUCCAGGUCAUCGAGAAUCUGGGUGCCACACUGGAUCAAUUUGACACAAUCGACUUUUCCGACAACGAUAUCCGAUCCCUCGACGGCUUCCCACACCUCAAGCGCCUCAACACACUCCUCCUCAACAACAACAGAAUCUUGCGGGUGGCGCCGAAGCUGUCGGAGAUGCUUCCCAACCUUGAAGCGGUCGUCCUCACAAACAACAGCAUUGCCGAGCUCGGUGACCUCGAGCCCUUCUUCUCCUGCAAGAAAAUCAACCACCUCACACUGCUGCGGAAUCCUGUUGCAGCACAGGACAACUACCGCCUGUUUGUCAUCUACCACAUGCCAAACCUCAAAGUGCUCGACUUUGCCCGCGUCAGAGAAGAGGAGCGCACACAAGCGCAGCGCCUCUUUGGUUCUGAGGACGGACAGGCCAUGCUCAAGGACAUUCUCUCACAUGCAGCAAGGCACGAGGCCGAGGCUGUGCUGGCCGAGCAGGAGAAGCAGCGCAAGGAGGCGGCGGCCAAGGCGAAGGCUGCUGCUGCGAAGAAGAUCCAGGCUGCGAUUGCGCAGGCGGGCUCGCUCGAGGAGAUUCAGAAGCUCGAGGCGCAACUACAGGCCGGCGUUGUCCCGGGCCAGGCAGAAGAAGAUGCAGCCACCGAGCAGGCGUGA